GGAGGUCCUGGCUGGGCCCCUCGACCCCCUGCCUGGCCCCCACCUCCUCCCCCAGCAGGGGAGACUGUCUUAGGAGCCUUGGAAGCUGGAGAAGCCAGGCCUUUGGGGAACCCUCUCUGGACAAGGCCGCAGAGUGUCAACGGCAGGUGAGGAUUCAGACCCCGGGGCUCCGGAGGUCCACGCCGGGGCUCGGCCUGGGGUCGGGGAGCCACCAAAGCAGGAAAGCUCCUCCACCCUCCUCACGAGCCCGAAAGGGAAACUGAGGCCCAGAGAAGCACGUGCGCUGGCCAGGGCCACGUGGCACGUUCCUGGAGGCCUGUGAGCCCCAGGCCAGACCCUGCUCCCUGCAUCUGAGAGGGCCUGGCAGGAGGAGGUCACCCAGAGCCAGGGGGGUCGGCUGGCCACUGUCCCCAGUGCUGUCCAUAUCUACCCAGAGGGCUUUCUGGACCAAGGAUCGUUCUGGACACUUGUGGAGCCCCAGACUCUGUGACCAGUCAACCAGGCCUACUACCUACUUCCAUGGAAGGUUUGCUACAGCUGACCAGCUGGUUGGUGGAAGGUUCUGGAACCAAAGCUUUUCCAGACUGCCUCCAAGGGCCCUUGGCUUCAGCAGGGAGGCAGGCUCCAAUCACGUGGACCCAGCUCUUCUGACACCACUACCUGGUCCUGGCCAUGACUUCCUCCCCCUGCAGCGUCCGGGGGUGAGGGACCAGGGCUCGCUGAAGAUGGAGGUGAAGAUCCACCCCACCCCCCAGGAGCCGUGUGGGCUCCAGACUUCUCUGACCCUAGCUGUGGGCAGGGGCAGGGGCUGGGGGGCCUCCUCAAGGUGGAAGGGACCCAGUGUAGCACCAUGGGCCCCACUCCAGGUCUGUGAAGGAGAGAGGCUCACGCGUGGAGCCUUGAGUAAUUCCUGCAAAGGCCCUUCAUUGCCAGGGCCGAGCCUUCAGUGCACAGAAAAGUAAACUGAGGCAGUCCCAGAGAGACGCCAUGGGCCAAGGUCACACGGCAGGGCAGUUCACGGUCUGAGGCGCUGCCUCCUGCCCUGGGCAGCCACAGAGAGGGACACAGCUCGCUGUACUGACAGCGGCCACUCCACCCAGGCCAGGUCUCAGACCCAGGCUGCAUGGGACCUCCCCCCAUUCCAGCUCUGACUGAGCCUGCUGGAUCCUGCGGGGGACACACCCUUCCUCCAGCAGACUGAAGCCAAGGGCUGUGCACACACAUGGAGGAUGCCUGGGGCCAGCCUCACACCCCCAGGAAGCCAUGACACCCCUCCAACGAUUGCCUGCCAUGGGCUUCAGACAGACCCUGGCUCCAGCUUCAGCUUCAGCCCCCUGACACCUGGGACCCUCACCACCCUCCAGGUCUCCUAACACAGCGCCUGAUCUGCCUGCCUGCAGCACCGCCAGCCUGGGCCCCCUCUGCAGCCUUCUGCUCUCCUCUCCCUCCCUCCCUCCCUCCCUCCAGCCCCCCUCCCGCUCUCACUCUACGUCACGAGAUGACGUUGGAAGCCUGGGAGGGAGGAGGAGCGCCCCCCUCCCCAGCCAGCAGCUCGCUCUGCAGUUUGCUUAGCCCAGCCUCCCUCUUGCCCGCCCCCCUUUUCUCUAAGCGAGCCCCCCACGCCUGGCAGGAGCUAUAUAAGGCGGCAGCAGGCAGGCGAGGGGGGCAGCACAGCAGAGCGGAGCCCGGGAGAGGAGAAAGUGAGAGCCGGAGCCAGAGACGGAGAAGCGAGCGAGAGGAAGCCACCGGCGCGGCGGGACAGAACGCAGGUGCUCCGGGCGCCGCGCCGGAGCUCGGCGGCUGCUUGCCAUGUACCGCUCCACCAAGGGCGCCUCCAAGGCUCGCCGGGACCAGAUCAACGCGGAGAUCCGGAACCUCAAGGACCUGCUGCCUCUGGCCGAAGCGGACAAGGUCCGGCUCUCCUACCUGCACAUCAUGAGCCUUGCCUGCAUCUACACUCGCAAAGGCGUCUUCUUCGCCGCAGGCACUCCUCUGGGGGACCCCACAGGGCUGCUCUCAGCCCAGGAGCUUGAAGACAUCGUGGCAGCACUGCCUGGCUUCUUGCUGGUGUUCACAGCUGAGGGGAAGCUGCUGUACCUGUCCGAGAGUGUGAGCGAACAUCUGGGACACUCCAUGGUGGACCUGGUUGCCCAGGGUGACAGUAUCUACGACAUCAUCGACCCGGCUGACCACCUGACUGUGCGCCAGCAGCUGUCCCUGCACUCUGCUCUGGACUCUGAUCGCCUUUUCCGUUGUCGCUUCAACACUUCCAAGUCCCUCCGGCGUCAGAGUGCAGGCAACAAACUGGUGCUCAUUCGAGGACGGUUCCAUGCUCACCCACCCGGAGCCUACUGGGCAGGAAACCCCGUGUUUACAGCUUUCUGUGCCCCACUGGAGCCAAGACCCCGCCCUGGCCCCGGCCCUGGCCCUGGCCCCGGCCCUGCCUCACUCUUCCUGGCCAUGUUCCAGAGCCGGCAUGCUAAGGACCUUGCCCUGCUGGACAUUUCCGAGAGUGUCCUAAUCUACCUGGGUUUUGAGCGCAAUGAACUGCUCUGUAAGUCAUGGUAUGGACUGCUGCACCCCGAGGACCUGGGCCACGCUUCUGCUCAACACUACCGUCUGUUGGCUGAGAGUGGAGAUAUUCAGGCAGAGAUGGUGGUGAGACUGCAAGCCAAGUCUGGAGGAUGGGCCUGGGUUUAUUGCCUGUUGUAUUCAGAAGGUCCAGAUGGUCCAAUCACUGCCAAUAACUACCCUAUCAGUGACACGGAAGCUUGGAGCCUCCGCCAGCAGCUGAGCUCUGAGAACACCCAAGCAGCCUAUAUGCUGGGCGCCUCGGCCGUCCUGCCUUCAUUCUCCGAGAACGUCCUCUCCCAGGAUCAGUGCUCUGGCCCGAACCCACUCUUCACCCCAGCCCUGGGGGCUCCCAGAAGCACCACUCUCCCCACCACUCCUGAACUGGGGGCUGUGUCAGCAUCAGAAGAACUUCCCAGAUCCUCAAAAGAGCUGGGCUUUGGCUACCUGGCCUUCCCGCCUGGUGCUGAGCCUUCUCUUCAAGCAGACGUAAGCAAGGAGCUGGUGUGCACCCCACCCUACACACCCCAGCAGCUGGGAGGCUGUGCUUUCCUCUUUAGCCUCCACGAGCCCUUCCAGACCCACCUGCCCACUCUAUCCAGCUCACUCCGGGAGCAGCUGACACCAAGCACCAUGACUUUCUCUGACCAGCUGACACCCAGCAGUGCGACCUUCCCAGAUCCACUGAUCAGCCCACUACAGGGCCAGCUCACUGAAACCACAGCCAGAAGCUAUGAAGGCCAGCUGACUCCCUGUACAUCCACCUUCCCGGACCAGCUGCUUCCCAGCACUGCCACUUUCCCAGAGCCUCUGGGCAGCCCCACCCAGGAGCAGCUGACUCCUCCCGGUACCGCCUUCCAAGCACACCUGAGCAGCACCAGCCAAACUUUCCCAGAGCAACUGAGCCCAAGUCCCACCAAGACUUACUUCGCCCAGGAGGGAUGCAGUUUUCUCUAUGAGAAGUUGCCCCCAAGUCCUAGCAGCCCUGGUAAUGGGGACUGCACACUUCUGGCCCUCGCUCAGCUCCGGGGUCCCCUCUCUGUGGAUGUCCCCCUUGUGCCUGAAGGCCUGCUGACCCCUGAGGCCUCUCCGGUAAAGCAGAGCUUCUUCCACUACUCUGAGAAGGAGCAGAGUGAGAUAGACCGUCUCAUCCAGCAGAUCAGCCAGUUGGCACAGGGCAUGGACAGACCCUUCUCAGCCGAAGCUGGCACAGGAGGGCUGGAACCACUUGGGGGGCUGGAGCCCCUCAACUCCAACCUGUCCCUGUCAGGGACUGGCCCCCCUGUGCUCAGUCUGGACCUGAAACCCUGGAAAGGCCAGGAGCUGGAUUUUCUGGCCGAUCCUGAUAGCCUCUUCCUGGAAGAGAUGCCUGUGGAAGACAUCUUCAUGGAUCUCUCGACUCCAGACCCCAAUGGGGAGUGGGGUGCCGGGGAUCCAGAGGCAGCGGUCCCUGGAGGGACCCCAUCGCCUUGUAACAACCUGUCCCCAGAAGACCACAGCUUCCUGGAGGACUUGGCUACAUAUGAAACCGCCUUUGAGACAGGUGUCUCAGCAUUCCCCUACGAUGGGUUUACUGAUGAGUUGCAUCAACUCCAGAGCCAAGUUCAAGACAGCUUCCAUGAAGAUGGAAGUGGAGGGGAACCAACGUUUUGAAUAAGUCUGUGACUUAACGUCGUCAAGUAUGGCAUAUUGUCAUCAAGACGUGGAGCCGCUCUCCACCCCCCCAAGGCAGUUGGGGGGAUUCUGGGGGCCACAGGGGGAUAGAGCUGAUUCCCUAGGCCCUGCAGGAUUUGGGGGGGGGAGGUGGGAGGGCAAGGGAGGGGAGCUACUUUUUAAAAUCUAGAGACUUCGAGCGAUCCCAGUUUCCAUUUCAAUUUGUAUUCACUCGUAGUGAGUUUCCUUGAAUGGGGCUCCCGGCGGAGAAUGGGGGAGUCUCUCCCCCUUCCCCCAUGCUGCCCCAUGGGCUUGGACCAGUUCUCCACUCCUGGGAGACCAAGUCCCCUCCCGGGCCUCGGUGGGGGGGGAAGCAGCACCCCCCCCCAGGCCAGCCUGUGCCCUGAGGGGCUCUUGACACCCACGUAGAAUUCUCUACACACCAGUAACGGGAUUUCAAUCCCGAUGGACUCUACCGCCCGCAUAGCGGCCCUUCUUGUGACUUUUGCACCCCGCGCCUGGGGUGGGGGGUGCGAAGAGAUGCUACAUUCCUUUCCGAUGGAGGAAGGCAGAACUGCCGCUGUCACACGUGUGCUUGCACGAGAGCGUGUACCUGGUGCGGGGCUCACCGGGGCGCCAGGCUGCCUGGGCCCUCCCAGGCGGCCACCUCGUGGUGCUGCGGUGACUUUGUAGCCAACUUUAUAAUAAAGUCCAGUUUGCCUUUCUGGUA